GUCGCCGUCCCUGUAAUACUCUUUUAAAUGAUCUCUUAGUUAUGCAGCAACAAAUCUGGCAGAUUUGUUAGCCCUUGAUGGUCUGACGCGACGACAAACUGUUUGACAUUCUGGGUCUCACUAGUCCCAGUCAAUCCGCUCUCCUCUCUUGGCCUCGUCUCUCCACUUCCAGAAUUCUAGCCCGACAACAGACGAUGACCGUACGAUGACGAACGGUGACUGUCACGUGAUACUCGAGUGCGAUCCGGCGCCAACCUCUCCUCCGUUCGCCAGCCCCUCUUUCAGCGCCAGCUCCCGCCACAUCCCUCGUCAUCGAUGCGUUCAUACACCCCCGCUGUCCUUUAUAAACCUCUCUCUCUCGCUCGAAGUAUGCAGUAUCACCUUUUCCUCUUCUUUCUUCCACAACCACCGUCAACAAUAUGGACAAAGCUGCAUCCGUCGUCGCCGCUUUCGAGGCUGGCAAACAACCGUCACAAACACAGAUCAACGCGUGGAUAGAUUAUCUUCUGCAGUCGCAGCUCAUCAAGGUCGAGAAGACAGAGAGUGGAGGCGAGUUGAGUGAGAAUGGCAGGAAGUUAGCGGGUGACGCGAGGAAUGUGCUUGAUGCGUACAAGGCGUACGCCUCUAGCAAGAACAAAAACAACCUCGUCCAAGAAGCCAUCUGGCACCUCCGCCAAGCCGACAUCUCCUCCGCUUCUCUCGACGUCGACCUCCCCGUCGACAAACAAAAAGCAAAUUCCGACUAUCGCGCCCUCGUCUCCUCACUCUCCAACUCCCUCUCCAUCCUCUGGUCCACAACGACCUCCGAAGGCUCCGGCGUCUUCUCCGACUUCACCUCCUUCAUGCGUCUCGCGCUCGCCGAUGCCGCAGAAUCUCUGGGCGACUCGGCUAAGAAUGCGGCGGAGAGCUUGAGGGAGGUCGAGGGCGAGGUGGAGGAUGGGCAGAGAGAUGCGGUGGGGAGGAAGAGGAAGAGUCCGGAGGAGAAGGAGGAAGAUCAGGAUGUGAGAGUUAAGUUCGAGAAGGGGAUGGAUACGGCGAAGGCGGUGGGGUCGAAGACUAUUGGGGCGGGGCAGGCUGCGUCUGGGAAGGCGGAGGAGUUGACGGACAAGUCGAGCUCGAGGUUGAAGGAGAUGUAUGUUCGGAUUGCGAAGCGCGCGCAGGACGAUCCCCAGUACCAGAAAUCUCUCGACACCAUCUUCGACCUCAUCGAGAAAUGGAUCAACAUCACAGGUGACGCCGCCGCCGACGCAGCCCAUGCCGCCUCGCAAGACACGUCGCUCGAGUCCUUCGUCAACGAUCCUACGCCCGAGAAACACCUCAUCAAAGGCCUCCGCACCAUCCGCGUCCUCGUCGAGAACCUCGCAGGCGGUAAAUCCUUGGACGACCUCUUCUCUGCGCUCAGUACAUGCGUCAUCGACAUCCGUAAUGACCCGAACCUCAAGAAAUGGGUCUCGGAUUUCCUCAAGUACUCGAAGAAGAACCUUCAAUCGGUCGGGAAAGCGUCCGCUGACGAGGAUAAGGAGACGAUUCGAGCGAAGAAAGACUUACAGAAGCGGUGGAAAGAGAUUUCGGAUACGCAGUCGGGCGCGAGCGGACAGAAAUGGAGCCGUGAUGUCGAAGUGCUGAAGAAGGAGGUGAAGGAGUUCGAGGGCCGUUUGGGCGAGGAUAAGGAGCUGGGGAGGGUCAGGAAGGCGCAUGAUAAGUUUGCUAUGGAUCUCGAGGAGAUGAUGAUCAAUGCGACGGGAACGGGGAUGCAGUUGGCGUUGGAUCAGGCUUCGUGGAUGUGGCAGGAUUUGUUCAAUGUUUAUCUUCCUCGGGCGAUGAACAUGGUGCAGAGUAUUCCUAUUCCUCGCACCGAGUACAAAGACCCCGAAGUCGAAUUCGUCCUCGAAGACGUCGACAUCUCCUCGCUCUCCAUCCUCCCCGGUCACGUCUACAUCCGCAACAUCACCGACAUCGACAUCUCCGCACCCUCCGUCUCCUCACCCACCACCACCGCCGUCGGCUCCCUCACCCAUCUCCAGAUCCAAGCGCUCCAACUGCAGCUGAAAGAAGUAUCCUUCUACUACCUCGACAAGACCGCCACCGUCGGUCCGGCGGAGUAUAAAGGCAUCGUCGAGGUGACGCUCCCGCCGCAGGGGAUCGACGUGGAUGUGAAGCUGAGGUUGAUACCCAGUACGCCGGAGGGAUUGAAAGCGAGGGAGAAGAAGGGCGGGCAUUAUAACGUGGAGAGGGUCGAAGUGAAGAUCACGGAGGACGUCACCUUCGCCAUGAAAGAAUCGAACCACGGUAUCCUGCUCAGCGUCUUCAAGCCCGUCCUGAACACGAAACUGAGGGAAGGACUCGCGACGAUGUUGAGGGAACAAAUCCAGGCGUCCAUUGAGGCUGUGGAUUCGAUCCUUUGGGACGUGGGUAGCAGAGCGGAAGUGUUCCGCGAUGCGGGAUUAUCUUCCGGACCGGCGCUCACGGCGGCGUUUUGGAGCGAGUUGGGGAGGAUGCAGAGGCAGGGAGGGAAUGGGCUGUUUGGCGGGUGGAGAGCGACGGGGACGGGGGUUGUCAAGGAUGUGGGUGCGAAUGCGAGGUUUGCGAUGGGGGCGGAGCCGCAGGUGUUGAGGCCGGAACAGAAGGGACCGAAGGGGACGUUGAGUAAGCCUAUUGCGGAGAGAGUGAAGGAGACGGCGGAGGAGGCAGGGGUCGAUACGCAGGCGAUGGAUGUGGAUUCUGGUACGGUGGAGAGCGGGAAGGAGCAGGCGAAGGGGGCGGUGCAGAGUGCGAAGGAGGGGGCGAGGGAGGGGUUGAAGGCGGUGAGGACGUUUGAGGGAUUGGUGGAGAGGAAGAGGGAGGAGGAGGAAGAGCGGUCCGGCUGGCAGAGUCGGGCAUUUGAUAUCUGAGUGUGUGUAUGCCUGUCGUUUCGCUUUCGACUUGAGUCGUCGUGUCGAAUUGUGUCUUUCUCUGGUUUACUCAUCUGCAUGGUCCUGAUCGUUGUCUUGAUAUAUUCACGCACCUCUUGUACAAUACACGUAU